CAACUCUUUUAUAAUAGCCUCAUUAAUAAGUAAGGAUUUUGUUAAUAUAAAAUAAUUUUGAUAAAAAGUAUUCCGAAUGGGCAUUUGCAAGAGUUAACCUACAAUAACUGAAGAUUUACCCACGAUGGAUUCAAGUGGACACAAGUAAACAGAAACAGUCAUCAAGGAGGAUAGUACUGCUGUUUAUGAUGAGAAUAAAAUCGUCAUAAUAUAAGCACUCUACAGAGGUCAUAAGGUUCGUAAAUCUCUUAUGACAACUUUACAAUCUCCAGAGACUUCAGCACCCACUCAAGUGGAGCAGUAGAAAUUCUGUUUUGAUCCCAACUAACUCCACGAUUAUGAUUAAUCUUCAAUUUUGAUGAAGAACGGAGCCAUCUACACGGGAGAAUGGAAGGAUGGCAAAGCUAAUGGAAAAGGUAAAUAUUAAUUCCAAGAUAGGUGGUAACUUUUAUAUUUAUUAUUCAUAGCUAUGUCGAAGGGACUGUAAUAUUAUAAUAAUAUAAUCAUAGUGGGCUUCCAAUGAACUUUAAGGGGAGGCAAUAUACGUAAAUGGCACCGAGAUGUAUAAAGGACAGUGGCUUGACAGUAUGUUCCAUGGGAUUGGCGAGUAUGUCUAUUCCGAUGGUCGCAUCUAUUAAGGUAUCAGAUGUUAAAAUGCUUAGGUGAAUGGAAGAAAGGAUUACAACAUGGAAUGGGUAAGGAGAUAUACAAAGACAAAUCUUCUUACGAAGGUAAAUUCAAGGAGGGAAUGAAAAAUGGACUUGGGAUAAUUCGAUUGGCUGAUGGUUGUGUUUAUGAGGGAGAAUUUGAAAAUGACUAAUUUCAUGGAUAUGGAACAUUUGUAAAUUUCAUCCUUAUUAGUAGAUUUGGCCAGACAGAAAGAAGGUUUUCGAAGGUUAUUGGAAGAAUGGAAAUAAACACGGAAAUGGUACUAUGAAGUGGGGCGACGGUACUUGAUAAUUGUUAUUAAACUUAUUUUCAGGUCGAAUUUACACAGGCCAAUAUUUGGAAGGACUUAAACAUGGAUACGGAGAAAUGAAUUAUGGUGAUGGUCGUUGUUAUAAGGGACAAUGGAAGAAUGGGUUGUAAGACGGCAUGGGAAUAUUCUUAGACAAGGAAGGGAAUGAAAAGAAAGGAUUCUGGUUCAAAGGAAAACUAAAGAAAUGGGUUUGA